CGUAUUAGUUGACCCGGAAGUAGCUGGAUCCACGCGAGUGUGGAGCAUUGGAGGAAGCAUCGUUGAAGACACGAAAGAGACUGGUGCAGACGAGCGGGAUACUAUCUAGGAGAACUGUGUUUAGAAAUCAGCAACCAUGAGUCUGUUAACAAAGCCCAAGUCGGAGAUGACUCCAGAGGAGCUCCAGAAACGUGAGGAAGAGGAGUUCAACACUGGCCCUCUGUCUGUGCUCACACAGUCAGUCAAGAACAACACUCAGGUCCUCAUUAACUGUCGCAACAACAAGAAGCUCCUCGGAAGAGUCAAGGCUUUUGACAGGCAUUGCAACAUGGUCUUGGAGAACGUGAAGGAGAUGUGGACAGAAGUUCCCAAGAGUGGGAAGGGAAAGAAGAAGUCUAAGCCAGUGAAUAAGGACCGCUACAUUUCUAAAAUGUUCCUGAGGGGCGACUCCGUCAUCAUCGUGCUGAGAAAUCCUCUGAUCACUGGAAAAUGAACUCUUUAUAGGCGCCAAGCUGAACCAGUCUCAGAGCCGUUUUUCUUUUCCUUUUUUUUCUCCUUUUUUAUUUUCUUUAGUGAUUUGAAGGCAGUUGCAGUGGACUACCAUUAAUAGAAAUGUCUUUGUUUUGUUGUUUGUGUUUGGAUCACUGCACUCACUAUUGGGUAAGAUACAUGGUGUAAAAAUAACGUCUGUACUUUUUGGGGAGCCAUUCAGGCACAAGAAUACCUGUUUUUGUGUUGUCACCAGAAGUAUUCUGUAUUUUUCAUUUUAAUAAUAAAAGUGAUGACCAGA